GAUGGAACCAUAACCCCCCCCCGCAGCAAUCGCACGCUCCGGCCGAGCCUAUAAAGGGCGGGCGGGGGGCGCAGUGCGGCCGCCACGUGGAGGGGAAGCGGCGGAGCAGGGCGGCACCGCCAUGGCCUCCAACGAUUACAGCCAGACAGCGACGCAAAGCUACGGCGCGUACCCGACCCCGCCGGGCCAGGGCUACUCGCAGCAGAGCAGCCAGCCCUACGGGCAGCAGAGCUACAGCGGCUACAGCCAGUCCGCCGACACCUCCGCCUACAGCCAGAACAGCUACAGCUCCUCCUACGGCCAGACCCAGAGCAGCUACAGCACCCAGUCGACCCCUCAAGCCUACGGCAGCACCAGCGGCUACGGCAGCAGCCAGACGUCGCAGACCUCCUACGGGCAGCCCUCCUCCUACCCCAGCUACUCCCAGCCGCCGGCCGCCAGCUCCUCCACCGGCAGUUAUGGGAGCAGCUCGCAGAGCUCGAGCUACGGCCAGCCCCCCAGCAGCGGUUAUGGGCAACAGUCGAGCUACAGCAGCCAGCAGCAGAGCUACAACCAGCAGUCCUCCUACAAUCCCCCGCAGAGCUACAGCCAGCAGAGCCAGUACAGCGGCGGCGGCGGCGGUAGCGGCGGAUCCAGCAGCUACGGGCAGGAGCAGUCGUCCAUGAGCGGCGGCGGCGGCGGAGGCGGUGGCUACCAAGAGCAGAGCGGUGGCUACGGAGGGGGCCAGCAGGAGCGGAGCCGCGGCCGGGGCGGUUACGGCCGGGGGGGCUACGACCGCGGUGGCCGCGGUAGCCGGGGAGGCCGAGGAGGCAACUUGGGGUAGGUUUCAUGGGGCAUCCGCCGCGGGGAUUUGGGGAAAAAAGGGUCUGGGGGGAAAAAAAACGAUGAUAAAAAAAGGGAGACAGAAAAAUUUGGGGGGUUUUCCCCCAAAAAAAGCUAGCUCUCGGGUGGUUUUAACCAAAACGAGCGCAAACACCCCCCAAAAAAAAGAGCGAAGAGGUUUUAAAGGGGGGCAGCUGGAGGGGCGCUGCGGAGGCGCACGGAGCGGUAAGAGCCCCCCCCUGCAAAAACGGGGGGAAAAAAGGGUGUUUUUGGGGCAAAAAAGAAAAAACUCAGCAAACCUGGUUGCGAAAGGUCGCUCGUAGCCUCUCUGGUGCUUGUCACGGUGGGGGCACGUGCCCCGGGUUUAAAAAAGGAAAAAAACAGGAAAAAAGAAAUGGUUUGUUUUGAGGUCACUGCAGAAAAAAACAAACAAACAAAAAUGGCAAUUUUUGGGUGUUUUGGAAACUUUUUAAUGCUGAUUUCUGGGUGAGACUUGAACUGGAGUGUCUCGGUGGUGUCCCGGUGCACGAAGGGAGGAGGAUUUGUAAAGAAAAUGACAAAAAAAACGUUGAUGGU